AUGAAAGCUGCUCGAUAUUAUGGCAAGGGUGAUAUCAGGAUAGAAGAUAUUCCCGUUCCAGAAUUUGGAGAUGGACAGUGCUUGAUUGAAGUUGAGUGGUGCGGUAUAUGCGGCAGUGAUCUUCAUGAAUACGUUGCUGGCCCCAUAGGCAUUCCUACCCCGGAAAGUCCGCACCCCUGGAAUGGCAGCCAUAUUCCUGCAACACUCGGCCAUGAGUUUUGCGGCCGAAUCAGCAAGGUGAAUGCUGGUUCCAGGUUCAAAGAAGGACAGAUUGUCAUGGUUGAUCCACACAUCGCAUGCCGGCAAUCAACUUGCCAUGUUUGCAAAGUGGGAAAGGAUCAUCUUUGUCCAAAUCUUGCAUUUCUUGGAGGUAGUUCACUAGGAGGAGGUGGAUUAUCUGAAUACGCUGCUGUGGACGAAGAAUAUCUUCACGUACUGCCGCAAAACGUGGAUCUCGAAAAUGCUGCUGUCAUAGAGCCACUAGUUGUGGCGAGUCAUGUUAUUGAUGUUGUGGGAAAGAGUCUAAGUGGACUUGACAUUUUAAUAGUCGGCGGCGGGCCGAUUGGUAUCGCACUGGCUUCUCUUCUCAAAGCUCAGGAUGCCGCUUUCAUUAUUCUCAGUGAGCCGGCAAGUAGGAGAAGGAACCAAGCUUUUGAUUUGCAGCUUAUGCAGAAAGUGAUUGACCCUCGAGCUGAAAAUCUUGGUGAGGUCUGCCGCCAGGUCACUACGGGAAAGGGCGUCGAUGUAGUAUUCGACUGUGCUGGCAUUCAAGCGGCUCUAGAAAGUGCGUUCGAAGCAAUAGCAUAUGGAGGUACUUAUGUCAAUGUUGCAAUGUGGGAUAAACCGCUGAUGAUCCCAUUCUACACCUUUUUUCGAAAAGAGAUCAAAAUCUUGAGUUCGUGUUGUUACAACAAAGCAGAUUUCCAGCGUGUUAUGAAGCUAAUGUCCGAAGGUCGGCUACAAGGUUACGAAAAAAUGAUCACUAGUCGAGUUGCAUUGGACGAUGUGGUAACUAAAGGAUUUGAAGAACUUGUGGCAAGGAAAGAUGACCAUGUGAAGAUACUGAUAUCACCAAAGUUAGCCUCAUCCGCAGCUUAA